AUGAAUGAAGUUCAACGAAAAUUGAGUUUUGAUGGUUUAUUUGAAGAAAAAACAAUCAAAUUUCUCAAUGAAUUCCAUCAAUCUAUGACUUGUUUUGAAAAUCUAUCUAAUGAAUUAUUAUGCGAAAUAUUUGAUUAUCUUGAUGGAUUUCAAUUAUUUCAAACAUUUUCAAAUCUUAAUUCUCGAUUUGAACAACUUAUUCAUUCUUCAUGUGUAUCAAUUAAAACUCGUUUUUGUAUAUAUCAAAGUGAUAAAGUGAAUUUCGGCCCGGAACUUCGACCCGGUCCCAAAGUCCGGCGGCGUUUCGGCCCGGGCCGAAAUAUCACCGGAAAUCCGGUCCAGGACGAAAUUCAUCUCACCGCUAUUCCUAAAAAGAGUCCAACUUCAAUGAAUAGUUAG